GUAAAGGAAAGAGAAGACUGAAGUGAAAGCCCGUGUGAAUCUAAAUGGCAAGCUCAGAUAGAGAAGAGGCUGCAGAAAACGGUCAGCUCAAAGAUCGGAAAGUCUCAUGGGCGAAGUUACACCGUGUAGACUCCCUCAACUUGGAAGCUGGAAAAGUUUCAACUUCUCCGGCAAGACACGCCUCUAAGACUGAUUGGAAGACAAUAUUGAGUUUAGCAUUUCAGUCGGUAGGAGUUAUCUACGGAGAUAUAGGGACUUCCCCUCUUUACGUUUAUGCAAGUACUUUCACUGAUAAUAUUGGACACAAGGAUGACAUUCUUGGGGUAUUGUCCCUUAUCAUUUAUACCAUUAUCCUCGUACCUAUGACUAAGUAUGUUUUCAUUGUCUUGUGGGCCAAUGACAAUGGCGAUGGGGGAGCAUUUGCGUUGUAUUCCUUAAUGUGUCGAUAUGCAAAAGUGAGUCUUAUCCCAAACCAGGAGCCAGAGGACAGAGAACUUUCCCAUUACAAUCUGGACAUACCAUCCAAUCAAUUUAGACGGGCUCAGAAGAUCAGACAUAAGUUGGAGAAGAGUAAAUUUGCAAAAUUUUUGCUCGUCUUCGUCGCCAUCCUCGGCACUUCUAUGGUUAUUGGAGAUGGAGUUCUCACUCCUUGCAUCUCAGUUCUCUCAGCCGUAAGUGGGAUAAAGCCUUUAGGCGAAGAUGCGGUUGUGGGUAUUUCCAUUGCAAUUCUGGUAGCUCUCUUCUGUGUUCAACGUUUUGGUACAGACAAAGUGGGAUAUUCAUUUGCUCCAGCCAUUUGCGUUUGGUUUUUAUUCAUAAGUGGUAUCGGUCUAUACAACUUGUUCAAGUAUGAUGUGAGCGUCUUACGUGCCUUUAAUCCCAAAUACAUUGUUGACUACUUCAAAAGAAAUGGUAGAAAAGGAUGGAUCUCUCUUGGUGGUGUUUUCCUCUGUAUUACAGGAUCCGAAGCUAUGUUUGCUGAUUUGGGUCACUUUAGUGUGCGGUCUGUUCAAAUAAGCUUCAGUUGCCUCGUAUUUCCAGCUUUGCUCUCUGCUUACAGCGGACAAGCUGCAUAUCUCUCAAAAUUCCCUGAAAAUGUUGAGAAUACUUUCUAUGACUCCGUUCCAGAUCCACUAUACUGGCCAACGUUUGUAGUCGCUGUUGCUGCAGCCAUCAUUGCAAGUCAAGCAAUGAUAUCUGGAGCCUUUUCUAUCGUGGCUCAGGCCCAAAGUCUAGGUUGUUUCCCUAGGGUGAAAGUAAUGCACACAUCGGCCAAAUAUGAGGGUCAGGUUUAUAUCCCUGAACUCAAUUACUUCCUCAUGGUUGCUUGUGUUCUAGUUACUCUCAGCUUCAAAACCACAGAAAAAUUGGGACAUGCUUAUGGUAUAGCUGUGGUUAUUGCUGAGAUCAUAACUACACAUAUGGUGACAUUAAUAAUGCUUGUUAUAUGGAAAAUCAGCAUUUGGUGGAUUACACUAUUCUACGUGGUGUACCUUUCCAUUGAAUCUACAUACCUAUCCGCCCAGCUGACAAAAUUCGUGCAAGGUGGUUAUCUACCCUUGGCCUUUUCAGUCGUGCUCGUGCUCAUGAUGGGAACUUGGCACUAUGUUCAAAAACUUCGAUACCAAUUCGAGCUCAAUAACAAGGUGUCCAGCGACUACGUUAGGGACUUGGCCAAGAGUCCAGACAUCAAAAGGGUACCAGGGAUAGGAUUACUCUACUCUGAACUAGUACAGGGGAUUCCCCCUAUAUUUCCUCACUUCGUCUCCAAUAUUCCUUCUGUCCACUCUAUCAUAGUUCUGGUGUCAAUCAAAUCCAUUCCUAUUAGUAAAGUAGCACUUCAAGAACGUUUCUUGUUUCGACAAGUUGAGCCUAGAGAAUACAAGGUGUUUCGAUGUGUUGUUAGGUUAGGGUACAAAGAUCAACUUGGGAAUACAGAGGACUUCGAAAACCAAUUGGUGGAACAAUUAAACCAGUUCAUCCAACACGAACGUUAUAUUCUUGGAGCGCAUGAUCAUCAAGGUGCAGACCGAGAAGUUGAGCCAGUAAUAUCUGACCAACUACAAUCGAAAAACUCAUCCAGGAUCCACAUGGAGGACGAUCUGCAGCAACAAGUAGAUUCGACUCAAAUACAAAUGGUGUCCCCGAAUUCGGAAGAAGAAGAGAUGCAGUUUGUGACUAAAGCUAAGGAGCAAGGUGUGUUCUAUCUCCUGGGAGAAGCAGAAGUGAUGGCUAAACAAGAUUCUUCAUUCGUGAAGAAAUUUUUCGUCAACAAUGCUUAUAAUUUCUUGCGCAAGAACUUCAGGCAAGGGGAGAAAGUAAUGGCAAUUCCUCAGAGUAGGCUGCUAAGGGUCGGCAUGACUUAUGAAUUGUAAUUGUGAAUCACACAGCGAAAUUAUACUAACAUAUGCUCGCGUAACGAACAAUAAUACUAUGAUUUCUGCUCUUUGUAUAUUUCUAUUUUUUUAUCCUUUAAUAAUGUAUGCAAGCUUUCAGCUUGAGUAAUUGUAAUUGUACUUUCGGACUUAAAAGAUGUUAGAUACGCCAAUCAGAUAGUUUGUGAUUCAAGGCA